AUGGGUCACUGUCCGCUCCAGCAGGUUCCUGGCAUCCGAGGCCAGUUUGUGUCCCGGGAGAAGGGCGUGGGCACAGUGGAAAAGCCCCAGGACGUCCGGGUGAUGAAGUGCAUCGUUGAGGUCAUCUCUGACACACUAUCCAAGCCCAGCCCCAUGCCUGUCAGCCAGGAGUGUUUCGAGACCCUCCGAGGAGAUGAACGGAUCCUCUCAAUCCUGCGACAUCAGAAUUUGCUGAAAGAGCUCCAAGAUCUUGCUCUCCAAGGUGCCAAGGAGAGGGCACAUCAGAAGAAACACAGCGGUCUUGAGGAUGGACUCUCAGAGGCUCUUGAGAAGCAGAAUGACCAGGCAGAGCUGAAAGAAGUGACAGAAGAGGCAUCCUCCAAGGAUGCUUCGGAGAAAAGAGGGGACUCUGAAGAGACAGAGAAGAAUGAUGGAGACACAGAUGGAGCCAGGCCCCAGGCCUCCCCGGAGCCUGAACAAGGGUCCAAGGUCGAGGAAGACAACCAGGCCCCAGGGGAGCAGGAAGCCUCCAACACCCACCCCCCAGCCAGCCUUCCCAGCCAGAAACACUCAGGCCCACAGGCCCAGGGGGACAGAGGGAGCCUCUCCCAGGGUCCGGUGGACAGAGAGAAGGGCCUGGGUGUAGAGCAAGAGGAGCAGGCAAAGCGAGAAGAGGAGGAGGAAGAGGAGGAGGACACAGAGGCUGGAGAGAAGGCUGUCCCCGAAGAAGAAGGCCCCACCGCAGCAUUUAACCCCCACCCAAGCCUUGGCUACAAGGAGACCCAGAGGGACGAGACUCCAGGAUGGCCCAAGGCUCUGGCUGUGGAUGGAGCCAGGAAGACCGGGGCUGAGGAGGCUCAGCCCCCCGAGGGGAAGGGGGCGCGGGAGCACUCUCGGCAGGAGGAGGAGGAGAUGGCAGAGGCCCCUCAAGGCCUCUUCCGGGGCGGGAAGAGCAGGGAGCUGGAGCAGGAGCAGCCCAGGCACACCCUCCUCCGAGGUUCAGACCCUGCCUCCCUCCGGUGGGGCAAGGGCAAGGCCGGUGGGACCACGGGGCCUGGUGGUGAGUGGGACCAGGAGCUGGAAAGCCUGUUGGCCAUCGAGGCAGAGCUGGAGAAGGUGGCCCACCAGCUGCAGGCACUGCGCCAGGGCUGA